GCAAAGGUCAGGCCAACCCCUUAAGCAACCUCGGAAGGAGAAAAAAGCCCCCCCUCUACAGGAGCAUCAUCUCGGACGUGUUCGACGGCACUAUCGUCAGCUCAGUUCAGUGCCUGACGUGUAACACCAUCUCAUCACGCAAAGAGACCUUCCAGGACCUCAGCCUUCCCAUCCCAAGCAGUGACCAGCUCAGUAUCCUUCAGCAUUCAUCUGUCACACAGAUGCAGCACCAGGUCGGUGGGGGUGGCAACAACAGUAGCAGCCUCCAUCUUGCCAAAGCCUCCUGUGAUGCCACCACAGAUGGAUGGUUGUGGUGGAUGUGGGUUUGGCUGCGGUCGUGGCUAUGGGGUCCGGCUGUGUCGCUACAUCAUUGCCUGGCUGCCUUCUUCAGUGCAGAUGAGCUUAAGGGGGACAACAUGUAUUCAUGUGAGAAGUGUGGCAAACUCCGCAAUGGUGUCAAAUACUCCAAGGUUGUGCACUUGCCAGAAGUGCUCAUUAUACACCUCAAGAGGUUCCGCCAUGAGUACAUGUUCAGUUCCAAGAUCAGCCAGUAUGUGUCAUUUCCUCUGCAUGGCUUGGAUCUCACACCUUUUCUACACAAAGAUUGCACAUCGGAGGUGGUUACUUAUGACCUCUAUGCUGUCAUCUGCCACCAUGGCACGGCAGGAGGGGGACAUUAUACAUCCUACUGCCAGAACUGGAGCAAUGGCAGAUGGUAUGAGUUCGAUGACCAGUAUGUCACUGAAGUUUCUCCCGAGACUGUGGCCAAGUGUGAGGCCUACUGUCUCUUCUAUAAAAAAGCCAGUAUUGAGAUGACAGCACGUAGACAAAGGACAGUAGAGCUGAUGCAG